UCUCUCUUUCUCUUUCUCUCUGAGGGGGGGAAUGUAGUGUGGAUUUUUUUUUAAAUUAGCCUGGCAAAAUCCCCCCUCUUUUUUAUUAAGGUCACCUCUCUCUCCACGCUGCUUCAUCUAACCACUCUCAUACCUCCAUUAUGCUUUCUGAAAGGAGCUCUUUUUUGCAAAGAAUCCGUUAGCUCAAGACUGUUUGCAGGAGGAGUGUUUUUCCUUAAUUUUUUUCCCCUGCCUCUCUCCCUCUCCCUCUCUCCUGCCUUCCUUCCAGCUGUUGCUUGAGAAAACCUUUAGCCCUGAGCCUGGAGAGCUUCUCAGACCAGACGAACGCACAUUUGGGCUCCUGAGAAAAGAGGGGGGGGAAAGAUUAAGCGACGGAGCAAUGUCACGGCGUCCUGCUGGCAUAUGCUGAGCGACAAAGGCCCGAUCCGACGCACCGCGACGCCUCCCGCACCGUCCCCGUUGCCUUCAGGAGAGCGCCCAGUGGCUGAGGAUGGCCACCGAGGAACCAGGGACACCUCUCUAGACAAGCGUGGUGGCUCAGGGAAAGCAAUGUUGGAACAGAUCCCCGUGGCCUGGUCCAACACAGCCUGCACCGCAAAGAGCAUCUUUGUCCACGAUGGCGACGGCCUGGAGGCUUUUGACCUGGACUCUCGUCUCCGCUGUCUCUGUGGGCAACCUUCCUGGCUACACAUUCCAGUCACAAGAGGAGUUCCUCUCGAGCCUCGAACACUAUGAAAUCGCCUUCCCCAUCCAGGUGGACCAGAAUGGGGACUUCCUCACCUUCGACGUGAAAAGCCAACAGAAGCGGCGGUCCCGGCGUGGAGCAGCCUAUGAGCCUCAGGAGAAGCAGGUCUUCUAUAAGGUCUCUCAGUUCCUCCUCAACUUGACAUUGCACACGAACCUGCUGGCGGAGCACUUCCGGGUCGAGUACUGGCGAAGGGAUGGUGUCGACCAGCACCACAAGUUCCACGAAGACUGCCACUACUCCGGGCACUUGCAGGAUGAGUAUCUGAACUCCAGAGUAGCCAUCAGUAACUGCAAUGGGCUGCACGGCGUGAUCAUCGCAGACGAUGAGCAAUACUUCAUUGAACCGCUCACCCCCGGAGCCAACAUUAGUGGCGGACACGAAAGCGAAGGAAGCCCCCACGUGGUCUACAAGCGAUCCUCUCUUCAGCACCGAAACAUGGAUGUUGCCUGUGGUGUGUUAGAUGAGAAGCCAUGGAAGGGUCGGCCGUGGUGGCUGAGGGCCCCGAAACCCUCCCCCCUCAAGACAUUGAGCAACGUCACGCAACGGGGGCAGCUUCCGUUGAAGAGGUCAGUCCGCACCGAGCGCUACGUGGAGACCCUUGUGGUGGCUGACAAAAUGAUGGUGGGGUACCACGGCCGACGAGACAUCGAACAGUACAUCCUGGCCAUCAUGAAUAUUGUUGCUAAACUUUUCCAAGACUCAAGUCUGGGCAAUAUUGUCAACAUCCUGGUGACCAGGCUCAUCCUGCUGACAGAGGACCAGCCCACCCUGGAGAUCAACCACCAUGCCGGGAAGUCUCUCGACAGCUUUUGCAAGUGGCAGAAGUCCAUCGUGAACCGCAACGGCAACGGCAACGCCAUUCCAGACCACGGCGUUGCCAACCACGAUACCGCUGUCUUGAUCACCAGAUAUGAUAUUUGCAUCUACAAAAAUAAACCGUGUGGCACUUUAGGAUUGGCGCCUGUCGGCGGGAUGUGUGAACAGGAAAGGAGUUGCUCCAUUAACGAAGACCUUGGCUUGGCCACAGCUUUCACCAUUGCCCAUGAGAUUGGCCACACGUUUGGCAUGAAUCAUGAUGGUGUCGGAAACAGCUGUGGCUCCCGGGGGCAGGAGACGCCCAAACUGAUGGCAGCCCACAUUACUAUGAAAACCAACCCUUUUGUGUGGUCGACAUGCAGCAGGGAUUAUAUCACCAGCUUCCUCGAUUCCGGGAUGGGGCUCUGCCUGAACAACGCUCCGCCCAAGCAAGACUUCAUCUACCCGACAGUGGCUCCGGGGCAAGCCUACGAUGCAGACGAGCAAUGCCGCUUUCAGUAUGGAGUCAAAUCUCGCCAGUGUAAAUAUGGGGAAGUUUGCAACGAGCUCUGGUGUCUUAGCAAGAGCAACCAGUGCAUCACGAACAGCAUCCCAGCUGCAGAAGGGACCCUCUGCCAAACGAACACCAUUGAAAGAGGGUGGUGCUAUAAGCGAGAGUGCGUACCUUUUGGCACACGCCCGCAAGGUGUAGACGGAGCCUGGGGCACGUGGUCGUCAUGGGGAGAGUGCAGCCGCACCUGCGGGGGAGGCGUCUCCUUGUCCAUCCGCCAGUGCGACAGCCCACGCCCAACCAUUGGAGGGAAGUACUGUCUCGGGGAAAGGAAGCGUUACCGGUCAUGUAACACUGAUGACUGUCCCCCCGGCUCGCAAGAUUUCAGAGAGCUUCAGUGUGCUGAAUUUGAUCACACCCCCUUUCGAGGCAAAUAUUACACCUGGAAAACGUACCGAGGAGGAGGCGUCAAGUCCUGUUCGCUCAACUGCUUGGCAGAAGGCUUCAACUUCUAUACAGAGAGGGCCGCGGCUGUGGUGGACGGCACCCCCUGCCGCCAGGACUCCUAUGAUAUCUGCGUCAGCGGAGAAUGCAAGCAUGUGGGCUGUGACCGCAUUCUGGGCUCAGACACCAAGGAAGAUAAGUGCCGGGUGUGCGGAGGUGACGGCAGCAGCUGUGAGACCGUGGAAGGAAUCUUCAACCACUCGCUGCCGGAUGGAGGCUACGAAGAGGUGGUAUGGAUCCCGAAAGGAUCAGUUCAUAUUGACAUCCGGGAACUCAAUCUUUCCUUGAACUACCUUGCUCUGAGAGGGGAGAACGAUGAGUACUUUGUCAACGGGAAACUCUCUAUUGACCCUCCCCGGCGCUUUGACAUUGCUGGGACUGCAUUCUACUACAGGCGCUCUCAGGACGAACCGGAGUCACUGGAGGCCCUGGGCCCAACCAACAUCACCCUCAUUGUCAUGGUGCUUGUCCGAGAAGGACUGCAGAAGAUACGCUACAAGUUCAAUGCGCCCGUCACUCGCAGUUCUGCAUCCCAGUACCUAUGGCACUACAUCUCGUGGACACAGUGUUCAGCCCUCUGUGCGGGAGGCAGCCAAGUUCAACCCGUCGUAUGCCGGAAUCAAGCUGACAGCUCCACAGUAUUCAACCAUUUCUGCAGCCCCAAUACCAAGCUACCAGAGAGGCAGAGGCUGUGCAACACUGAGCCUUGCCCACCGACCUGGGCGAUUGGGAACUGGUCCGAAUGCAGCCGCAGCUGCAACCAGGGAGUGCGCACCCGGAGCGUGACCUGCCGGCGCAAGAUCUCCACCACGGAGGAGAAAAUCCUGGAUGACGACUCCUGCAGCCGGCAGCGCCCCCACCUGCUAGAACCUUGCAAUAACCAGACCUGCCCCCCGGAGUGGGCUGCCCUGGACUGGUCUGAGUGCACCCCAAACUGCGGGCCUGGCUUCCGCCACCGGAUCAUCCUUUGCAAGAGCAGUGACCACAGCUCUACCUUGCCAACUUCCCAGUGUCCCGAGAACUCCAAACCCCCCACCAGCAUAAGGUGCAGCCUCCGGCGUUGCCCACCCCCACGGUGGGUCACUGGUGAAUGGGGAGAGUGCUCUGGGCAGUGCAGCUUAGGCCAGCAACGGCGUUCAGUCCAAUGCAUGACCCACACGGGACAGCCCUCCAGUGAGUGUGUGGAGACCCUGAAGCCUGCGGCGACACAGCAAUGCAAGAGCAAAUGUGACUCCGGGCCAACGGAGAACCCCGAAGAAUGCAAAGAUGUGAACAAGGUCGCCUAUUGCCCUUUGGUGCUAAAGUUUAAGUUCUGUAGCCGGCUUUACUUUCGCCAGAUGUGUUGCAAAACCUGCCAGGGGCAUUAAACCAAGGGUGGGGGGCACACUCUUUCGGCGCUGCAAGGAAACUGGAAGGGCCCAAGAGGAAGGGUGGCCGCGCCGUUUCCCCACCACAACCGCCUGCCCCUAGGAUCUUCAAUGAAUUCAAAAGCAGGCCCUCGGGGCCACGUCACUCCCAGGAGCCGGUGAGAAUCUCAGUACCCUCCUCAUUUCCCUGGGAUCCUCCAUCGAACCACUGCCAAAGGGUGUGCUGUGGCAGGGGGGGAAACAGCUGGAUGCAAUGCAAGGGGGGGUACUGUACCAUGGCCGGAGGCAGAGGAGCUGAGUGAGGUGCUGUUUCAGCACAUUACUUGAAAUUCUUGACAUUCUUAUUUAUUUAGUAGCAGAGCUGGGUACCGCCAUGCCAGGCGACAUUCCUGAAGCAGCAGUAUGUACACACACGUACACACACGCACCACGGUCACCCAAAGGGGCAGAAGGAGUCCAUUCAAGCCACCAGUUGCCCCCCCAUCAACAUUCCCCUAAAGGCAGUGCCAUUUUCUAUCCCUGGGAUUUGCCUCUGCUCUGUGGGAUGGUCCUUUGGCAGGCCUACGGAGGAGGCAUCCGAAAGGGAUUUGGGUUUGACGAGACGGAGACGGGACUAAAGGGAAUAUCCUAAGCUGCAAAUGGAUGGCAAGAGGAAAGACAGUAGAAAUAGGUUGCAGUGAGGGCAGUGGGGUGGAGUGGGGGCCUUUCUUCUGUUGUGAUGUGGGAUAUCCCUUAAAAUCUCUUUCCUCCACAUGAGGCUCUCUAAGAGUAGUCGAGUGGAUCCUCCCCAUGUCUCUCUGGGGCUGGGGUCUUCAAGCUCUCAAAUGAGGACAAAACCCAUUUAUUUUCGCCCAGCUUCAUCUGGGGGAAACCUCUCCUUAUCGGAGCAUGAGUCUUAGCAGCCGAAACCAGAGGUGCAGGAAAGGGAAGAUCCUGGGAUACGUAUUACCGUUUGUUUGCCAGUUGGUUGAGCCUUGGAAUCGUCGAAUUGAAUCUAUGGACACGAACGAGAAAUGGGUGCUUUUCUUUGAGACGUCUCUCGCGGACCGGAUGAAAGUUCCUUUCUACCCUGGGAAGAUUCAAAACGAAAAAGCCACAGUAAGCUGUGUAUGUUUUGGUUCCAGAAUUAUUUUUAGUAAUUCCUAUUGAAUUAAGGAAGAUGCAGUGUGAAAUUCCAGAACAAUCAAGGAACCAAAUUAGAGGGGUGAGGAUGAGUUCACCCUUGCCCACUUCCUGAAUCUGAUGUGGCAAACCUUUCCCACCCCCAAUUAGAGAUCAGGCAUUAGGGGUCUGUACCCCUGAAGCAGAAUACUCAUAAGUCUAAAGGAUAUGCAGAAUUUCAUUUAUCUAGUUGGGACAUUUUUUUUAAUUUCGUUUUUGCAUUUCCUCAAAAUUUUCCCAAAGUCGGAACGCCAACUCUAGUUCAUAUUUCAAUUUAGGCAAGACCCGGCAACGAUUGUAAUCAAAACCUGCUUCUGUGCACAAACUUUUCUUAGUUUUGCCGACCGUUGUUUGGCUUCUUGAUCCUUUCCUCAGCUGUUUGGCCUAAGGAAGGAUCUCCUCCGACUGAAACCUGUCACUGUCGGUGAAAUGUCAGUGACGGUUCUCUUUUGGAUCCCAGAAACGUGCAGGCUAAGAUCUGCCAACUCCCCAAGGAAUCUUCCUAGUUGAUAGCAAAGGAUGCUUUUAAGAUAACGUUGUUUUUAACCUGCUCAGACAGAGUGCCCUCUGGCAAGCAAGGACAGUUUUCACAAUUUCAUAUAUAAAUAUAUACGGAUAUAUUGUAUUAAUAUUAUUAUUGUUAUCAUAGAAGUUGUUUAAAAUCCUGUUUCCAUGAUGAGAGAAAGAGAGAGAAAUUACAGCAUGAUUUUUACAAUUAAA